AAACACAGCCGAUCUAGGUCUAGAAUCUAGCAUCUUGAUCUAUUCCACUUCUACAGGAACUUGAUUUAAACGUCGAGUUGAUCUAGAUGUAGAUUCUAGGAUGAUUGUAGAUACUACUAUUUUAAAAUAUUACUAGUAUUAGUUCUUUAGUGAUGUCGCCCUAAUAAUUAAUGACACCUGAGUUAAAUAUUCAUAACAAUGGCUUCCAGUUUGAAUAUAAGAAGACACUCAGUAAAGAAUUUGAAACUAAGUGACCUUACUAAGGCAUCUCUUCAAAACAACAUAGAUGCUGUGACAUCUUUACUGAGGAAUGGCUGUGAGGUCAACGUGGUAGAUGGAGAGUGGACACCACUUUUAGCAGCAGCAGAUAAAGGUCAUUACCAUGUUGUAAAGCUGCUACUCAGCUCAAGGAGUAAUGUAAACUGGGUUAAUAAAAAGGGUCAGAGUGCUCUUCUCUUUGCAUCCAGAAAAGGCUAUACUGAAAUAGUAAAAUUACUUCUUCAGCAUAAAGCAAAUGUUGAUCAAACACAGCAUGUUGAUGGUUGCACAUCUAUUAUUAUAGCAGCAUCUAAAGGAAACAAAGAUGUUGUAGAUUUGCUAAGCAAAGCUGGAGCUAAUAUAAAUCACAAAAAUAACGAGGGAGUUACGGCCCUUAUGAUUGCUUCCAAGCGGGGAUAUGUUGACACUGUACAGGUUUUACUGGACAAUCGAGUUGAUGUUAAUCUAUUUGAUGAAAAUGGAUGGAAUGCAUUGAUGUACGCAUCAUAUCAAGGGCAUUUGAACAUUGUCUCGCUGUUGUUUAAAAAUCAAACAAAUAUCAACCAUGUUAAUAUACAUAAACAAAGUGCACUUUUAAUUGCUGCACAGAAAGGUUGCCAUGACAUCGUCAAAUUUUUAAUAAAUAAUAAUAGUGAUGUUAACCAUGUGGAUAAGGACGGCAUCACAGCCCUGAUGCUUGGGUCUUAUGCUGGGGAUAUAGCCUUGACUGAACUUUUACUGCAAAAUAAUGCGCAAGUCGAUCAAACCACAGACCAGGGCUGGUCUGCGUUACUGCUUGCAGCACAGAACGGCCACACAGACAUUGUAAAACUUUUACUCAAGUCACGUGCUGAUGUCAACUUGUCCAACAAGAAAGGGAACACAGCUCUUGUGCUGGCUGCACAAAAUGCACACACUGACACAGUGAAAGUUCUUCUCAGCAAUGGCGCUGACCCCAACCACACAAAUCUCAACGGAUGGUCAGUGCUCAUGGUAGCCUCACAGAACAGUCCUGAUGUAACAAUAAAAACUUUAGAACUUUUACUGAAAUAUAAUGCAAACAUCUCGUACUCAUGCAGUAAUGGCUGGAACGCCAUAUUGAUUGCUGCGUGCCAUGGAUAUCCAGACACAGUAAGGUUUCUACAACAAUAUGUUAAAGAUGACGUUUACAAUGCCAGGGUUAGUUCCCUUCUGUUAGCAUUGAACCAUGGUACUCACACUGUCAUGAACUUGUUGAACUCAUUUAAGUCUGGUAUGAAUGAACUGAACACUAACAAUGCUGUAGCAGCUGAAAUAAACGCCAUUGCUACCCAACUACCUGGUAGCCUACCUUCAUCUGAACCUGAGAACCCUGCUGCCGUGCUAUCCAGUAGUGCAGUAGCAUCUAACUGUGAUAACUCCAGCCUUAAAAAAAUGGCUGUGUUUGAAAGUAAUCUUGCUAUCAGUGAAUCAAGUUACAUGGACACAUCUGACAUGGACAUAUUUCCUGCUCUGUUGGACCCUUGUCUUGUGGGGGCAGCACAAGGUGCUCCGGUAUCAGAUUCCAUUAUGGCUACUUCAGAAGCUAGUGCUGUAGCUACCAAACAGGCUACAUUACCUGCUACAAAUGCACCUGGUGCUGUUGCUACCAACAAGACCUCAUUAACUGCUACCUGUGAACCCGGUGCUGUCGCUACUAACCAAGCUUCAUUAAUUGAUUUGUGUGAACCUGGUACUGUUGCUACCACACAGAGAAAAUUCCCAUCUUUAUUUUCAAUUAUUGAACUUAUAAUUAAUUGCUUUCUUACAUUACUUAAAAAUCAACCAGAUACAAUUGCAAAUGAGAAAAUAAAUCACAAUGAGGUGAAUGACAUAGUCAACAAGUUUAUUAUAGGUAAAAUAAAAACUAAUUUGCUAAUGGAAAGUAUUUUCAGCCAAUUGAAUGCAGAUCCCAGGCACCUAAAACUUAGUGACCAGAAAUUAAGUUUUGAUCAAACAUUGUCAUUAGAAACAGAUACGCCUUUACAAAUCAUAGAUCAAAACAACGGGAAGCCACCUUCUAUGGUGGUUUACAAUGUAACUAAUAAUAUGACUUUAAAUGUCAAUAAGCUUGGCUCUUUUAUUUUAAAUGAAAAUACUGGUAAUAGUUCAGUUGUAAAUCAGGUACGUCAGUCAGUUGUUUUAAAUGUUCAGAAUGCCACUAAUGUUGUCUCUGAUAAUAGCUGCAUUAAUUAUAACUGUGGGCCACCUAAUGCAAGUGAUUCUGAUUGAAAUGGAACCCUUUUAUUUAAAAAAAAACUUUUUUUUACAAGAUUUUACUUUGUUCACAACACCUUUUUUUUAAUGGGUUUGUGGCAAAUCUUGUAACUUAAUUUACACCCACUAUUAAUGCAGCGAUUUCAUUCAAACUUUCCAGAUAAAUUCUACUUCAAUGACAAUACAAGUCUUUCUAAUUUUAAACUUAAUUAGAUGUUUAAUUUGUCAUUUAUAAUUGAGUUUCCAACAUAAGGGGAGACAACAAAACUAAAUCACUUGAUUACUUACUUAAUCCUCAUCACUCCCUGUGGAGUAUAGGGCAGCAACAAAUCUCCGCCAUUCCACUCUGUCUUAAGCAAGCCACUUAAAUUCUUGCCAGUAGCCUGUACUUCUUCUUCCAUUUCUCCCCUCCAUGUUCCCAGUCGUCUUACUCUCUUUCGCUUUCCGGGUGGGUUCCACUUCAGCGCCAUGUUGGGGAGUCUUCUUUUGCUCAUGCGUAGGACAUGGCCCAGCCAUCUCCAUCUCCUCAUUCAAACUUCUGAAACAAUGUCGUUUAAUCCUGUCCUUCGCCAUAUUUCCUUGUUCGGGACUUAAUCAUCCCACUUUAUUCUGAGGAUGCGUUGGAGGGAUCUUCUUUCAAAGCCUCUCUACUUUCUUGCUUAGUUUCCAUGAUUCUGCAGCAUAGAGGAGUACAGAAUGUACAUUAGACUUGUAGAUCCUUAUUUUGGUUCUCUGCUGAAGUGAGGAUGAUUUCCAGAUCUUAGCAAGUCUGUUGAAAGCUUGUGCUGCCAUUGCUGUUCUGGUGGCUAUUUCUUUCUCCAUGCUGCCAUUUGCUGAUAAACCACUUGACAGAUUACUAUAUUCAGUAACUAGCUAGACCGGAUCACAAUAACAGUAUGGUGAGCUGGUUCAUGAAAAUGUUCACAAUCGUAGAGCCAGUCGAUCUAGUGAAGGGUAAAUAAUAUAGUUUUUAAAAGAUUGAAACUUAGGGAGGUAGAUUAUUAAGAGCUAUCUUUCGCAAGGUGUUGUCUGUAAAUUGUGGUUACGGAUCACUGCAUCCUCGGGCAGAUAAUUGUCUUUUUGAUAUCACGAGCUACUGAUGGUGGUUUAAAGCAAAUAUUUUUAGUUUUGUCAACUUCAUAAAUGAGGAAUCACAAAAAAAAAGGAAGAAAAAAAAAAACAAAUAUAAAAAACAUUAAUAGCAACAAGCUUUUAAAUGCACUGAAAAUAAGAAAAUAAAGUAAAUUUGCUUUCUUUAACAAAAGCUCUGGUCCCUUAUAUUGAUUUUUUCAUAUUUUAGCCACAAAAGCUUUUUUUUAAAGAAAGCAAAUUAGUUUUAUUUUUGUAUUUUUAGUGCGUUUAAAAUUGUGUUGCUAUAAAGGUCUUUUAGAUUUGUUUUAUUUAAAGAUGGUGUUGAUUUACAAUUUUGAUACUUGUUAACGAGUCUUUUGCUUCCUUAGUUUUAUUCAAAAGUUGUUGAGCAAAGUGAUGAAUAAGUCUGACUGUGACAAGUUAAAUAAUAAUGUUUACAUUUUUUCAACACACUUUUUUAUAGUUAUACAAAUAGUGGUGUAUUAUUUAUUAUAUUAAAAAAAAUCAUUGUAUUUUUAUUUUCUUCAUUUUAGUGCAUAAAUAAAAGAUGAUCAUUACAAACUUAUUUUUUUUUUAAAUUCUCAUCUUUGUUCCAUUUAAUUUUUAAAAUAAUUGCCACAAAUUAAGAUUUGUUUUAUGAUUCAAGCACAAGUGAGGUGCUGUGCUUGGCAAAAUACAUUUUAUGAACUCCAAAAUUUAACCAGCUAAAACAGGGGUUCCCAACCCCGUGCCCGCCGAACGAUUCAUAUGUGCCCGGCUCUCACUAUUCGACA